CAACAACACGACCAACCACCAUGGCGCAAGCGAUCCCGCCGGCGGCGUCACCUCCGCCAAACCUAGAGGGGCCACCAUCGAGUGUUGAUGGUACAACCAACAAUUCCCCUGACAUGGAACAAUUGACGCAAGCAGUCCACGCUCCGAUGCAGCAACGCGUUAGGAAGACCGCCGAGAAAGUGUCGGCCGAUCGCAGCGGUAACAACAACACGAGCAGCGACGACAGCGGUAUCGCACGUACGGGGUCCCCUUGUCGCGAGAUGGUGGUGGCGAAACACAUACCAUCACCAAAGCUCAGCAUGGCAAACUCGUACUACGCAGGCUCGUUGAUCUGGAUCUCCAUGACGUCGUUCGUAGUUGGGCUCGUUGCAGUCGUGGGGUCACAGUUCGAGAACGCGGUGCAGUCCGUGUUCAAAUACAACGACGUCACCCAGCAUUCUGCGUGCACGACCGUGCUUCCCAUCCUCGGCUCCAUGGCCGUGCUCAACGUUGGGCUGGCCUUUCCCGCCAUGGGAUGGCAGUUCUCGAUGCUGUAUCAACCCGUCACUCCAUCCUCCACGACUGUGCUGCGCCUCAAGUUCCUGUACUGGUGUGAGACGAUGUUCCUGAUCCAGUACAUCGGCGGAGUUGUGGGGCUCGUGUCCUUUAUCUUUUAUGGCAUUCGGUUGAAGAUGGAGUUCGACGGGUUCUACUCGACGUGGGGGCGUCUUGCAUGGGCCGUCAAUGCGGUGCUGGUGCUGCUCGUAGCGUAUCAAUGGGUCGUCUUUGAUCGGUUUCGAACACACCAAAAGCAACAACUGGGCGCCCCCAACGAACUCGAACACGUCGGGAGCUGGAAAUUUCGGCGGUGGAUUUCAGGGUUGUUGGGCAAAAAGGCCAAAACCACCAGUGAAUUUCGAGCAAAUUUGUACGCGUCCGUCAAACGAGGCCAGGUCAUCCAAGUGCAAGCGUUGCUGGCGAAUGCGCUGGAAGGGCUCACGACAGAGCGAGAGCGGGAGAUGUUCUUUUGGAAGUUAUACGCGACGCCGUCCAUGGUGUUGGGAAUGUUUGCGUCCCGAACCAAGAACCCAAUGCACAUGGCGUGCCAACAAGGCGAUGCCGAGAUCACACGGGUGCUGCUUCAGGCUGGGCUUAAUCCUAAUUUUCUCGAUAAAAUGGGCGGCGUGGACAUGGGCAUUGGGUCGGUGUACCAGUGGCUGUGGCGCCGUCAUAACCGCGGCAAGUACGCGCUCGUGUCCCCGCUACACGUGGCAGUCUCCCACGGCCACGUCGAGUGCAUCCAUGCGCUGCGGCAAUAUCAAGCCAACUUGGACAUCGUCGCGACCACAGAUAUCUUUUCCAAGGAGCUAGCGGUCCCGCCCCUGUUUUAUGCAGAUUCAAGGGACACGAUGAACGUGCUGCUAGAGUACGGCGCCAACCAUUUGAUGGUCCCGAGCUUCGGCACGGCCAUGACCACGACCGUGUUGCAGCACAAUUUGUUCCUCGACCGCGUGGGGCUGGCGCGUCUCCUCGAAGACCACGGAUGCGACUACGCGCUCACACCGCUGCAUGCGCUGGCGGCGGCGGGGGACGUGGCCACGGUCCAGCAUUACAUGAAGAAUGGGGUGGAUCCGGAUAUGCUGGGCGAGUACUACGUCGGACUGAACCAGCGCACGCCGCUCCACUGGGCAGCAGUCAUGGGCCGCACGCGGGUGGUGGAGGCGCUGCUGCUGCAUCGAGCGACGGUCGACUUCACCGACCGGAUGGGCCGAACGCCUCUGCACUGGGCAGCUCGGCACAAUCAAGUGGGCGCGAUCAACGCUCUCCUGUCGAAUCAUGCGAACCCGAUUUGUUUGGACGACAGCAACAUGACACCGUUGGACGUCGGGUCGCACAGCGGCACCCUCCGUGAGCCGGCGAUCCGGUCGCUGGUGUCAUGUGGGAGUUUGAACAUCAACGGGGCGUACUGCGGAGACACUCCACUGCAUUUGGCGUUGAAGCAAGGCCACAAGGAAGCCGCGCUGGCGCUCAUUGCGUGCGGCGCCGACAUCUACCAAACCAACCGCGACGGCCGCCGCGCCAUCGACUGCUGCAUCUCGGCUGAGCUGCAGUACUCGAUCAAAAAAGCCAGCGGCAGCGUCGACGUGUACGUAUCGUAUGACCCGCCCUACUACGCGUUUGCCAAGGCUGUGUGCGACUCGGUCGAAACCAAUUUUAUUUCCGUCAACUUGCGGCCCGUGCUCGAAACAGUGCCCAACAAGCAAUUGCUAAAACGUGUCAGUGUCGUGUUGUGCGUGUUAUCCGAUGGAUACGGCCGCAACAACUUGUGCAUGUCGGAACUCGCCUUAGCCAAGCAGCACAGUGUGCCAGUCGUCGCUGUGAAUUGCGACUGCGGGCCGCUGUCCGAGGAAUUGCAAGUGUACUUGUACACCCGUCAGAUCAUUCCGUUCCAGCGCAGCGUUGUCGUGCACAAAUCGACUCCAACGACAGACCCCACCAGUCAUCGUGUCCAACUGUAUGCGAUUGAAAUGAACCAAGAUGUGUUUACUCAAGCGAUGCGGUCUCUCCUCGACGGGCUGCGAGACGAGGUUGAGCUGCAUCGACUGGGAAAGCGACGAAGACAUCCGCUGGGGCUGUCCAAGAACACUAGCGUUGGCCAAUCGUCGCGCUUUCUACCGACUCUGGGGAUAGCGGCAACAGGCGUGGAACACCCGAAAACGCACUCGAUAUUUGUGUCCCAUGGCGACUGCCAUCCUGAAUUUGUCCAUAAGUUGAAAGUGCACUUGAGGGAGAAACGCGUGUCGGUGCUCGUCGACUCGAAUAACAACGUGUCAGACUUGAAGGAGCGCGUGGUGGCCGCCAAGGACGCAAUCUUACAGUGUCAGCUGUUUGUGGUGGUGUUGUCAGCUGAGAGUAUUCUCACGUCCCUUGUGAGCGACCAACUGGCGUUUGCAGAAGACAAGGGGAAGCGCAUCGUGCCCAUUUGCUUGCAUGCCAACGUCGAUGGAAUGGGUACGUGAAUUCAAGACUGGGCAUUUUGCGUGGGUUGAAAUCAUGUAUACAUAGAUCAAGUAGAACCUGCCUUCAUUUAUUUACAGUUAGUUAGGGCCACGUUCUGCCCAAUCAUUAGGUUCAAAGGAAUUGGAAGACUUUGGUUGUUUUACCUAGUUGUUUUGACUGUGUCUGAUUUCAAAACUCGAAACUCGGCGUUUCGCAGUUAUGGCCCAAUUACCGGGAAAAAGUCCUUUGAAUCUCUUAUUUAUUUUGGCAAAAAACGACAUAUUUGGCAAUAUCUUGAAAUCUCCAAAUAUUAGAUCCAGAGUGAGGAGAAAUUUUCACUGUUUUUUGCCGAUUGGUGUUCGAAAUUUCUACCAUAUCGACGAUUUCGGCCCUUGACCUUGACAACCAAACGCACCCUUAUAAAUCUAUAUAUAUGUGACUUGUUGAUCUCGAGUAUAUCGUUGUGUGUAUAUAUGUUGUUGGAAAAGGGAACACAACCCCACGCACUUGCUAUAUACUUACUUGUAGACAAAUUGACAAGUCUGUUUCAAACCCGGCUGUUGGUGUUUGGCGACGACUUGGGGUUUGAGCAUGGUAUGGACAACUUGGUCGAAUGCCUCGAUGAAAAAGUCGAGCAAGCCAAAGCAUCGGUGCAUCAAGUCGCAGACGACACAGCUAAGACAAGCACGGACGACAUUAUCGACGCUUUGUUGUGAAGGCAAUAUGGCGCCAAUUUUGCCAAUUGGGGGGAUUGUUGACAUCACCAAAAUAUCGAGCAAAGCAGUUUAAAAUGGAUAAAAAAAUGAAGGUUGAAGUAUGAUUGGCU